AUGGCUUCAAGAUCAUAUGUUAAUCUUUUAGACUUGGCUAGUGGGGACUUGCUUGAUAUUCCUCACACUCCAAGAGCUCUUCCAAGGGUUAUGACCGUUCCUGGAAUUAUUUCUGACCUGGAUGGUUAUGGUUGUAAUGAUGGUGACUCAGAUGUUAGCUCUUCUGGAUGUAGGGAGCGGAAAAUCAUUGUAGCAAACAUGUUGCCUUUGCAGGCUAAAAGAGACAUAGAAACUGCUAAAUGGGUCUUCAGUUGGGAUGAGGAUUCAAUUUUAUUACAAUUAAAAGAUGGUUUUUCUUCUGAUACUGAGGUAAUCUAUGUGGGUUCUCUCAAGGUUGAAAUAGAUCUCUGUGAGCAGGAUGCAGUUGCUCAGAGAUUGCUGGAUGAAUUUAAUUGUGUACCUACCUUUCUUCCCCAUGAUCUCCAGAAGAAGUUCUACCUUGGCUUUUGUAAGCAGCAACUUUGGCCUCUCUUUCAUUAUAUGCUACCCAUAUGCCCAGAUCAUGGUGAUCGCUUUGACCGUAUACUGUGGCAGGCUUAUGUUUCUGCAAACAAAAUAUUUGCAGACAAGGUUAUGGAAGUAAUUAAUCCGGAUGAUGAUUUUGUUUGGGUUCAUGAUUAUCAUUUAAUGGUUUUGCCUACUUUCUUGAGGAAGCGAUAUAAUCGGGUUAAACUUGGAUUCUUUCUGCAUAGUCCUUUCCCUUCAUCAGAAAUCUACCGAACUUUACCAGUAAGGGAUGAAAUUUUGAGGGGAUUGUUGAACUCCGAUUUAAUUGGCUUUCAUACAUUUGAUUAUGCUCGCCACUUUCUUUCUUGCUGCAGUAGAAUGCUAGGUCUGGACUAUGAAUCUAAGCGAGGACAUAUAGGGCUUGAUUACUUCGGCCGCACUAUAUUUAUUAAAAUUUUGCCUGUAGGCAUUCACAUGGGUAGGCUUGAAUCUGUAUUAAAUCUUUCUUCUACAUCUGCUAAACUAAAAGAGGUUCAGGAAGAGUUUAAGGACAAGAAAGUAAUUCUUGGCGUUGAUGACAUGGAUAUUUUUAAGGGCAUUAGUCUGAAACUUCUAGCUGUGGAGCAUCUACUGCAGCAGAAUUCAGAUUUGCAGGGCAAAGUUGUUCUAGUUCAAAUUGUAAAUCCUGCAAGGGGCUUAGGGAAGGAUGUUCAGGAAGCAAAGAACGAAACAUAUUUAAUUGCCAGGAGGAUCAAUGAUACAUAUAGCAAGAAUAAUUAUCAGCCUGUCAUUCUCAUUGACCGCCCUGUUCCUCGCUUUGAGAAGAGUGCGUAUUAUGCUGUAGCUGAAUGUUGCAUUGUCAAUGCUGUAAGAGAUGGUAUGAACUUAGUCCCAUAUAAAUAUAUAGUCUGCAGACAGGGAACUGCACGACUGGAUGAAUCAUUGGGUAGAAAAAGUGAUUCUCCUCGUACAAGCAUGCUUGUUGUGUCUGAGUUCAUUGGUUGUUCACCGUCUCUUAGUGGGGCAAUAAGAGUCAAUCCCUGGAACAUAGAUGCUGUGGCUGACGCCAUGUAUGCAGCCCUUACUAUGAGUGAUUCAGAGAAGCAGUUGCGCCAUGAGAAACACUAUAGGUAUGUCAGCUCUCAUGACGUGGCAUAUUGGGCGCACAGCUUUAUGCAGGAUUUGGAGAGAGCCUGCAAAGAUCAUUACACCAAAAGAUGCUGGGGAUUUGGUCUGGGCUUGGGGUUCAGAGUUGUUUCUCUUUCUCAUGGUUUUAGGAAGUUAACAAUUGAUCAUGUUGUUUCAGCAUACAAGAGAACCAAUAGAAGGGCCAUCUUUCUUGAUUAUGAUGGUACUGUUGUACCACAAUCUUCCAUAUGUAAAGUCCCCAGUCCUGAAGUCAUCGCCGUCUUAAAUGCUCUGUGUAAUGAUCCCAAGAAUAUUGUGUUCAUUGUGAGUGGGAGGGGAAGGGAUUCACUGAGUGAUUGGUUUACUUCAUGCCAAACGCUGGGACUUGCAGCCGAACAUGGGUACUUUUUAAGAUGGAACAAAGAUUCAGAAUGGGAAGCCAGUCACUUGUCUGCAGACCUGGAUUGGAAAAAGAUAGUGGAACCUGUCAUGCAGUUGUAUACAGAAGCAACUGAUGGUUCUAAUAUAGAAAUUAAGGAAAGUGCUUUGGUGUGGCAUCAUCAAGAUGCAGACCCUGAUUUUGGUUCUUGCCAAGCCAAAGAAUUGUUGAGUCACUUGGAAAGUGUGCUUGCUAAUGAACCAGCAGUUGUUACUAGAGGCCAGCAUAUAGUUGAAGUUAAGCCACAGGGAAUAAGCAAGGGUUUGGUAGCUGAGCAGGUUCUUCAGACCAUGGUUAACGGCGGUAAUCCACCAGAUUUUGUACUGUGCAUAGGAGAUGAUAGGUCUGAUGAGGACAUGUUUGAAACCAUUUUGAGGACGGUUUCAUGCCCAUCAUUGCCAUCAGCUCCUGAGAUCUUUGCCUGCACUGUAGGUAGGAAGCCUAGCAAGGCCAAGUAUUUUCUUGAUGAUGCUGUUGAUGUUGUAAAGUUGCUUCAAGGCCUUGCUGCUUCAUCCAAUCCAAAACCAAGACAUCUUGCUCACUUUCAAGUCUCUUUUGAGAGCACAGUUUGA